AUCUGAUGUUGAAGUGAGUCAAAAGGUUGGUAUGCAUGUCCUCAGACAGGUACAUUAUUGGAUCGCUGGAUUUGAAGCCUUAACGUCAAAAUCUGGUUAGGCUAUAUAUUAUGGCCGUCAGACCAUCAUCAAGCACUGCCAUCGAACUCGAUCGGUUAGUAAGAUGCCCGGUAUGUCUGGAGGACAUGGAAGAAGCGAGAUCGUUGCCUUGUGGUCAUACUUACUGCACGGAAUGUUUAAAAAGUCUGGUAUCACAUCGAGGAUGGAUGCUCAAUUGUCCAACAUGCAGGUUGGAAGUACGGGUUCCAAACGGCGAUGUUUCCAGGCUGACACGCAACUACCUGGUGGCCGACUUAGUCGAAAAUUUAAAAGCGGCUAAAGAAGCGGCUGCGAGCGAGCCAGAACCCGAGUUUGAUACAAUCUGCAAGAAUCACCCAGAUAAAGCCUGCGAAUUGUUUUGCAAAAAAUGCCAGAAGCACAUCUGCUCUAAGUGCAUUACAAACGCUGGCACAUGUACCCAGCAUGAGUAUGAAAGCAUUGGUGGUGCUUUGAAAAGAUCUCGCAGAAACGUGAAAAGUCUCCUGGAAAAGAACGAAAAGUUGCUGUUUACUGUAGGACGACGCACUGAGCUUCUUGGUGAACUGAAAGCAAAGCAAACAAGAAACGCUUCGGAAGUUGCCCGACAAAUAUCACAAAUUUUUUCGCAACAUAUUGAGCAUUUGGAGAACAGAAAAAUGGCUCUGGAACAAGAAGCGUUUGAUAUCCAGUGGCAAAAUGAGAAUAAUCUAUCUUCUGAGGAAGAACGCGUUCAGUUGGAAAAAAAGAAGAUUGAAAAUACAAUCAAGUUUUGUCGCAAGAUCCUUGACAUAAAAGACCCCGUUCUUUUUCUGCAAACCGCCUCAGGAAUUCAGGACAAGAUUUUUCAAGCAGAACCGCAGGAAUUGGCCGACCACAUUGAGGUGGGGGUUUGCAAUUUCUUGAACGACACGGACUCCCUGUUGGCGGACGUGAUUUCAAAUUUUGGCAGCGUUCUUUCUUUUGGAGAAGGCUUUGCACUGGGAGAGAAAGAAAUGAAUGGGGCAGAGAGACCAGAGAGGCAGAGAGAGUCCAACUCUAGAAAACCAGUCUGUCCGGGUCUUUCACAUGUACCAGGUCCUUCUCAUGAACCAAGCCCUUAUGAUGAACCAUCAUCCAGCGUUCUGCGUCCGGCUGUCGGUGAGUGGUCCCUCGAUUCACGACUUACACGCAACAAAGAUGGUAGAGGCCGUAAAACACAAAGAAACAUCGUCAGACCCGCCGUCUGGAAGUUUUACUGCAAAGCUACGCCCGGCCAUGACGUUACAUUCGAGGAUGGUGGAUUUAGCGUGAGAACAAGAAGCCUGAAAAAUGUAGCAGUUAUCGGAAAGCCUGGUUACAGGAGUGGCAAGCGUUCCUGGAAGGUCAGAGUCACUAACUUUCCAGACGGUAUAAGUGUUGGUAUUUGUCUCGGUCGUUACAGGCGCGGAAAUUUGGCUUACACGUACGACUUGGGAUUCACAAAACCACGUAUGGAGAGAGAUGUAUUUGUUGAAUUGGACUGUGAUUCGGGAGAAUUGUCAAUUUUACCUGAUGCUUUGCCCUAUCAACUGGAAUCAGGCGAACCAGUCCAACGACAACCAGAUGUACUCAGAUUCGACAAUCCUGAAAACUACGAGAUUUAUCCGUACUUCAAUCUACCCUCGCCUGGCAGAUAUGCCGUCAGUAAAAUCACCAUUUUAAAUAUUGAUGGAGUUGAAGUUCAUCAAGUAUAAUAAUCUACAUGAAAAAUUACAACUGAAUGUAUAAUAGCUAUAACGUUUUGUAUAUAGGUAGUCUUCCAUCUUGGGUGGAAAAACUUUCUUUCUUAACUGAUUGCUACAAACCCUAAAAACUUCACGAUCCUAAUAUGUAAUAUCCGACAAAAUAUUUCAAAAAAAUAUAUAAUGUAUGAAAGAAAUAACAAAAAUAAUGUACGAAUGUGACAAAAAUAUACAAUUUAUUGAAAAGUAUAUAUAUAAUUCAUCUUCUGUACAGAAGUUAUUACACGGAGUC